AUGUUUUAUGGCAUAACUCCAUUAGAACUACGUAAGGUCGCCUAUGAUUUUGCAGAAAAAAAUGGCAUGAAACAUAAAUUUAAUAAAAAUAAACAGAUUGCUGGUAAAGAUUGGUUUCAAGCAUAUCUAAAACGACAUCCAAAUCUGAGUAUACGAAAACCUGAAGCAACUAGCCUAGGCCGAAUAUCAGGAUUUAAUAGAGAAUUUGUAGAAAAGUUUUUUACUAACCUGAACGAAGUUCUUUUAUUACAUAAAUUUAAACCAGAUCGUAUAUACAAUGUUGACGAAACGGGCAUCUCAACUGUACCUACACCAUCCAAAAUUGUUGGUCCAAAAGGUGUAAAACAAUUAGGAAAAUCAGUAAGUUGGGAAAGAGGGAGGAAUAUAACUGUUGUGUGUGCAAUCAGUGCUUCUGGAAAUUAUAUUCCCCCAAUGUUUAUUUUUCCACGCGAACGUAUGUCAGAGCAGUUAACCAGAAAUGGCCCAGUUGGAGCAAUUUAUAGUUGCUCAAAAAAAGGUUGGAUAAAUGAAGACUUUUUUUUAGAUUGGCUAAACCAUUUUGUAAGUUUAUCUUUUGCCUCCAAAAAAAAUCCUGUGCUCUUAUUACUAGACAAUCAUUGUAGUCAUUCAACAUUAGCUAUUUUUGAUUAUUGUCGUAGUAAUGGUGUAAUUAUGUUGUCAUUUCAAAAAAUAACUCCUUAUAAUGUAGCUGAAAUAUUCAAAGAUGCUUAUGUUCGAAUUUCAACUAUAGAAAAAGCUCAGAAUGGAUUUCGUGUCAAUCGUGUGGUUCCAUAUAAUCCAAAUAUAUUUACUGAAGAAGAUAUUUUACCAGCCACUAUGAUUAUGGAACCAACUACUACAGUUAUAUCAGUCAUAAUGGUGUAA